UUGUACGGUUACCUCUGUUAGCCGACUGACUGACUUGCUGCUGUUGCGGUUUGUUGUUUGGUUGACUCACUAACUGACUGCCCUGCGACUGUUCGCGCAUUGGAGCAUCGCCGAAAACCACUAGCUCGCGGUGAUCUCAGUCUGAAAUAACAACGGAGCUGUUCAACAACUGACGCGGAUAAAAAAUCGAAUAUAAAUUUACUGUACCUAACGGAAAAUUCUAAAAUUUUGUUUCUACCAAAGUAUUCAAAUUCGUUUUCAAAUAUAUUUACGAUUCUACUAAUUAUCAAAAGUCAGCAAAAUGAGUUGUGGCAUCUCUUUGGUUAAAUACCUUUUAUUCUUGUUUAAUUUGUUAUGUUCGAUAUGUGGCAUAUUGCUUAUCGUCUUUGGCAUCCUGCUCUUCAGCAAUAUACACAAUAUCGAUGACAUAGCAGAGGCGGUACAAACACAACAAGUGCCCAUUACAAUGAUCGUCUUGGGUUCGGUGAUAUUGUUAAUAUCCUUCUUCGGUUGCUGUGGAGCGAUACGCGAAUCGUACUGCAUGUCGAUGACGUAUUCUGUCCUGCUCUUUGUGCUGAUGAUCGGUCAACUCGCCUUGGUCAUUUACAUGUGGGUACAAAAGGAUAAAUAUUUGGUAAUGAUGGGCGAUGUUGUCGAAAAGGCAUGGGCGCGUCGAACGCGCAAGGCGGACUACAUGGAUGCCAUACAAAUUAGCAUGGAGUGCUGCGGCAAAAACUCCUAUGUGGACUACUCAUUCCAAGGCUACUAUCCGCCAUCGUGUUGCAAGGACAAUAGCUGUCGCAUCGAGAACGUUUACCGUAGAGGAUGCAAGCAGGCAUUCGUUGAUUUCUGGGAUAAGAAUAGCGAUAUAAUUAAAUAUGCCGGUCUGGUUAUUGCAGCUAUUGAGUUCGUUGGUUUCGUAUUUGCCUGCUGCUUGGCGAAUAAUAUUCGCAAUUACAGGCGUCGCUCUGCCUACUGAGUUUGCUGAGUGCCCUCCACAGAAUCUCAAAAUAUUUUGCAAAUAUAUGUAUAUGUAUUUAUAACAACAAUAAUGUAUGUAAAAUUUAUGUGAAAUCAAAGCAAUCAAAAUCCAUCGAAUUCUGUAACAAAUGUACAAUAAAACACAAAAUUUAGGCCUGCGUCCAAUUGCAUAUACAGACGAGUAGGCACACAUACACGAGUGUAUGUGCAUGUAUUAGUUUUAGAAAUUCUUAUUAAUAAUUAAAAUAAAACUUAAAACACACAUUCGUAAAUCGAGAAAAA